CCUAAUUUUCGAUUCCGCUUCUUAUUUUUCAUUUAUUUCCCUUUGAAGUCCCUCUCUCCCCCGCCCGCUCUCUCCUCCUCCUCCACUUCAAACCCUAACUUUCCUCUUAUCCCUCUCUCUCUCUCUCUCUCUCUCUAGGUUUUUUUUUUCCUCCACUCUUCUCCUCUCAAGUUUCUCUCUUCGUCGUAGCUAGUUAGCUAGCGGAGGAGGAGCCGAAGCAGCAGUAGAGGUUACUGAGUCUUGGAUCUGAAAUUACUUAUAAAGAGAAUGGAAUUCGGAGGUGGUCACCGCAAGAGAGGCAGACUCGACGCUGCUUUUAAUGGCAAUGGCGGCCACAAAAAGACCAGACAAGAAAUGGAGUCCUUUUCAACUGGUAUAGGAAGCAAAUCGAAGCCAUGCACAAAGUUUUUCAGUACUUCUGGUUGCCCAUUUGGUGAGGGAUGCCACUUCUUGCAUUAUGUUCCUGGUGGCUAUAAAGCUGUGUCCCAAAUGCUUCCAGCUCUUCCACCAGCCUCUAGAAAUCAAGGUGCCCCGCCCCCUUCUUUUCCAGAUCGCUCUUCUCCUCCAUCUGUGAAGUCCCGUUUGUGCAAUAAAUACAACACAGUUGAGGGUUGCAAGUUCGGUGAUAAAUGCCAUUUUGCCCAUGGUGAGUGGGAGCUUGGGAAGGCUUCUGCUGCUUCAUAUGAUGAUCCUCGUGCCAUGGGGCCAAUGCAGGGCAGGGCUGCUGCUCCAUAUGAUGAUCCUCGUGCCAUGGGGCCAAUGCAGGGCAGGAUGAGUCGGCACAUGGAGCAUCCACACCAAGGUCAUGGUGCUGCAGCAAGCUUUGGGUCAUCCGCUACUACUAAGAUCAGUAUUGAUGCUUCACUUGCUGGAGCCAUCAUUGGGAAAAAUGGUGUUAACUCUAAGCAUAUCUGUCGUGCUACUGGAGCCAAGCUUUCCAUAAGGGAGCAUGAAACAGACCCUAAAAAGAGGAACAUAGAGCUUGAGGGUUCAUUUGAUCAGAUCAGUCAAGCAAGUGACAUGGUUCGCCAGCUUAUUUCAAAUGUCGGUCAAGCCUCUGGACCUCCCAUGAAGAACUCAUCGAUGCAUUCUUCUGGCGGAUCAAAUAACUUCAAGACCAAGAUCUGUGAGAACUUCAACAAAGGAUCUUGCACUUUUGGGGAUAGGUGCCACUUUGCACACGGUGCCGAGGAAUUGCGCAAGUCUGGAAUGUGACCUCACUUUCACUACCUCGUCUCUCUUCUUCCUGUGUUAGGACAUACUCUUGUUAUAGCCUUUGGUGUUUGGCGUGGUUACCAAGUAUUUUGGGAUUCAAAGAUAGACAGAUGCCAUCUCUAAGAGUUCUAGGUUUUUCUUUUCGCAAUUUUUAUGAUCUCUUUGUUGUUUAUUUGUUUGUUGGUCUGCCAUCGUUACUGAAGUCUCGGGAUAAAUCUUGCCAGGUUGAACUUAGGGCUUCUUUGUGGGACACAGUUUACCUACCGCUUACUGGUUCAGUCUCUUAAAUUUGGUUUUGGCACUUUAAUAAUUUAAACUUGUUCUAAUGAAAUAGGUUUCUGAAUGAAA